AUGGACCACGAUUCUGAAAAGUCCGGCGCCGGCGCCCAGCACGAAGGAAAGAAGAUUAUCCGCCGCGUCGAUCGCCGUCUCGUCACCAUGGUCGGCGUCCUCUACUGCGUCUCCCUCAUGGAUCGUACCAACUUGUCCGCCGCCAGCAUUGCCGGAAUGAUGGUUGAGCUCGAGCUCAUUGGCAACCGAUACGUACUCCCUCGUUACCCUUCUCUUCUUCGUCACCUACAUCAUUUUCCAGCCCCCUCCACCGUCAUCAUCAGGAAGCUCGGUCCCCGCAUUCACUUGUCCGUCAUCGUCCUUCUCUGGGGUGCCGUCAUGAUUGGUUUCGGUUUCGUCAAGAAGUGGUACGAACUUGCCGCCCUCCGCCUCGUCCUCGGUGUUUUCGAGGCCGGUUUCUUCCCCAGCUGCGUCUACCUUCUCAGCACCUGGUACACUCGCUAUGAGGUCGGAAAGCGAUACUCCGUCUUCUACAUCAUCGGCUGCGUUGCCUCCGCCUUUGCCGGUAUCCUCGCCUACGGUCUCAUGCAAAUGAACGGCCUCGCCGAUCUCACCGGCUGGCGCUGGAUCUUCAUCAUCGAAGGUAUCCUCACCUGUGUCAUCGCCUUCAUUGGCGCCUGGCUCCUCGUCGACUUCCCCGACUCCGAUCGCGUCUCCUGGAACUUCCUUGACGCCCGCGAAAAGGCCUACAUCAUCGCCCGCGUCCAGGCCGACCGCGGCGACGCCACCGUCACCGCCUUCAGCAUGAGCAAGUUCCUCCGCGCCGGCCUCGACCCCAAGAUCUGGGGCUACGCCCUCAUCUUCUUCUGCACCACCACCAUGAGCUACGCCAUCGCCUAUUUCCUCCCCAUCAUCCUGAACCUCGGCAUGGGCUUCGACGUCGGCGCCUCCCAGCUCCGCGGCCCCAUCAUCGUCUUCAACAUGGUUCUUUGCUUCGUCGGUCUCUGCAUCGUCGGCUGGCACAAGAACAACGGCGUCCGCUACUUCGGCGUCUUCUUCAUGACCGCUGGUGCCAACUCCAACAUCCCCGCCGCCAUGGCCUACCAGGCCAACAACAUCCGUGGCCAGUGGAAGCGUGCUUUCUGCUCCGCCACCCUCGUUGGUUUCGGAGGUAUCGGUGGUAUUGCCGGAUGCCCCCAGUACAUGCCCGGUCUCUAUGCCUGCAUGGCCUGCUGCGGUCUCACCAUCAUCCUCGUCGGUAUCUUGGACACCCUCUUCUACUUCAAGAACAAGGCCGCCGACCGCGGCGAGAUCAGCAUCGAGGCCGACGAGGACGACUCCCAGUCCGACUUCCGCUACACCCUCUAA